GCUUGACGAAUGCUGGCAUCUCUACAUUUUACGGGAGAAACUUCUGUGGAUCCACGUAGUGGCAUCUUUUUACUUGUUACUCAACUUUAAUGACAAUAAAACAAAUAAUGUGUUGCUGUGUUUGUAUAUAGGCGUCUCAGUUUCAACUUUCCAUCAUAUGAGCCUAAUUGCCAAUGUUGUCACUUUCAAUGUCGUGUAUACUAGCAUUGGUGGGUGGUGGCAUGGCUUGAUACCAAUAUCUGUUGCUGAGAGGUGGUGCUCAGAUUGUCACUGCAGCACAAAAUAAACUCAAAACUGCAUCCGAAACAGAACGCACACGAUGGGAUGAUUAGGCCGGUCCGCCCUCCAUUCCGAUCGCCGCCUACUCCCUUCUCCCCGCCCGGCUCCAGUCUGCUGCGCUGAUGGCGCGGGUCCUCUCUUUCGUGGAGUUCGGCGCCGAGCACCGCCGCUGCCCAUCGUCCCCGGACUACUCGCCCCUGGCGGCGGCGCCCAGUCCGCGCGCCGCGUCGCCGGAGUACACGCCUGUGAGCCUUCUCUGGAGGGCUGGGACGCCGGAGCACGCGCCGUCGACGGCUCUGCGGCUCGGUCCACCGAUGCCGCCGCCACCGUCCCCGCGCCGCGCCGCGUCCCCGGACUACCCGCCGUCGAGCUCCCCGUCGCACCCAGCCUGGCGGGAGCACGCGCCGCUGGUCCGUUGCGGCUGGGGGGUGACGUCAGCGGACUACGCGCCGUCGUCGACCCCGACGACGAGCCGCGCCGCGUCCCCGGACUACGCGCCGUCGACACCGACGACGUUCCGCGUGGCGUCACCUGAGUACACGCCCGUGAGCCGUCUCUGGAGAGCAGCAGGGUCGCCGGACUACAGGCCAUCGCAUCCGCCUCCGGGCGCCGAGUCCCCGGACGGCGCUCCGCGCUCCUGCGAAUCCACACCGGCGCGCCGCAUCACCGGACUACAGGCCCCGGGCGCCUCGUGCGGGCGCGCGGCCGUCUCAAGACUACAGCCCAAGCACGUUGCCCCCGUCGGCGCUAGUCUCCGACGCGGAGUCAUGCACGUCGCCGGCACGCCGCUACCGCCGCCGACGCCAUCACCCGUACCAGAGAAGCGGCGCCGCCAACUGCACCUCGAGCGCCAGUGGGAUCAGGCGCCAUCUUGUCUUCUAGGGGCGCCAUCUUGCAUUCCUCAUGAGCAUUAUUCUUCAUGUGUAAUUGUGGCUUGUCUGGGCAUAUCAAUAGAAUGCCUCAAUUUCUCUGCCAGAUCUUUGUAGCAUAUGGGAUGUACGUUAAUCCUUGUGGCUUCCUGCCCUUUUAAUGAAUAUAAUUAUAGUUCUCUGGUAC